AUGGAAAUCGCUAAUGCAGUGGCAUAUAUUCACUUUGGACUCCCCAGACCAAUUGUUUUUAGAGACAUCAAGCCUUCAAAUAUCUUGUUAGAUGAACAUUUUGUUUCUAAACUCAAUAAUUUUUCAUUAUCAGCUCCUAUUCCAGAAGGUGAAACCCACAUAAGAAAUGAUCCACUAACUAGGCUAGUGGAUUACAUUGCACCAGAGUCCUUUCAUACAAAUGAAUGUGACGAGAAGUGCGAUGUUUAUAGUUUCGGUAUAGUACUACUUGAGCUUUUCACUGGACAGAAAAUCCGUCGUCUUGUGGGAGAAGAUGAACAUUUUACAAUAUUAAUGGACUGUAUGGUGAAGCACAUCGGAGAUAAUAUUACAGUUCGAUAUUUUUGGGCUACCUACGUGAAGAAACAUGUUGACAACAAUACAUUUAAUGAGAUAGUAGAUCCUAUUAUUACCGGAGAAGGAUCAUAUCAUGGGAAAGAGCAGCAGUUGCAGGCUUUUAUAGAUCUUAUCUUUCGAUGUCUAAAGACACCAGAAGAAAGACCAACGAUGAUUGAUGUGGCAAAGCAACUCAGAGAAGUGAAGGUAUUUCACGGAAUUCUGAACAGGUUAAUUAGAAUGAGUUGGUUUUUCCGGAGAAGAAAUGACUCGGAAAAGAUAGAUAAUCAUAACGCAGCAUUAUUAAGGAAUGGCGCAGUUUUAUUAGAGAGGCUAAUUACGUCUGCAGGUAAUGUUAGACGUAAUCCAGUUACUAAUUUCUCAGCUGAAGAGUUCAAGAUAGCUUUCCUGAUGACAAAUCAUAAUGACUUUGAUUUGUACAAAGCUUCCGUGAAUCGUCCAGUUAUUGUCAUGAAAUACAAAGCUGUUGAAUCGCCGCAAGAAGCAGAUGCCUCUAAUGAAGCUGUAGAAAAUUCUUCAGGAAAUGCAACUGAGAGUCGAGCUUGUUCUUCAAAAGCUGGUGAAUGA